CCCCUGUGGGGAAAGCGUGGCUGCAGUUGGUCAGGGUUUGGGGCGGGCAGUGGGGUUGGAUUCUGCGGGCUCUGCUUUGAGCUCCCGCCCAGAACCCCCACUAGCCUGGCCUGAGAAGAACCACUCUCAUUCUUCCUGAGAGCCCACCAGGGCCUGCUCCUACAGACGAGUGUGGGAAGCCCGCCCGCCCGGCUACAGGACACUCCUCUCCUCUCCAGGCGGUUUGACCAAUGGCUGGGUCCUGAUAACCAGGUGCCAGCUCUGCUGUGGCCAUGGCCAUGGUCUUCGUCCUCUUGCUGCUCCUUACCCAGGCCACCGCAGAUCCAUGCUAUGACCCAGGAGGGCGCCCUCGCUUCUGCCUCCCACCAGUGACCCAGCUGGUUGGCAGGGUAACAGGCCCCUGCCCUCAGACCUGUGCUCUUCCUGCAGCCAGUGCUGGCCCUACCUGCAAUGGCAGUCUGACACUGGACCUGGAUGGCCCCUUCCUCCUGACAUCUGUCACCCUGAGAUUCUGCACCCCAGGGCCUCCAGCCUUGGUUCUUUCUGCUGCCUGGGCCAUUGGAGGCCCCUGGAAGCCACUAUGGCGCAGGCCUGCCUGGCCUGGAGCUCUGGGGGGACCUGAGAGGGUGACCUUUCGCUCCCCACCAGGCCCCAAGGCCAAGAUAGUGGCCAGCCACCUGCGUGUGGAGUUUGGGGGCCAGGCAGGGCUGGUGACCACUGGGGUAAGAGGCCGAUGCCAGUGCCAUGGCCAUGCAGCCCGCUGUGCUGCCCAGGCCCAGCCCCCACGCUGCCGCUGCCGCCACCACACUACUGGCCCAGGAUGUGAGAGCUGUCGCCCAUCCCAUCGAGACUGGCCGUGGCGACCUGCCACGCCCCAGCACCCUCAUGCAUGCUUGCCCUGCUCCUGCAACCAGCAUGCCCGACGCUGCCGAUUCAACUCCGAGCUGUUCAGGUUGUCAGGUGGCCGUAGUGGGGGUGUGUGUGAACGGUGCCGCCACCACACAGCUGGGCGGCACUGUCACUACUGCCAGCCAGGGUUCUGGAGGGACCCAAGCCAGCCCAUCACUAGUCCCAAGGCAUGCAGAGCCUGCCAGUGCCACCCAAUUGGAGCAACAGGAGGGAUGUGCAACCAGACCAGUGGCCAGUGCUCUUGCAAAUUAGGGGUCACAGGCCUCACAUGCAGUCACUGUGGUCCUGGAUACCAGCAGAGCCGCUCACCCAGGAUGCCCUGCCAACGAAUUCAAGAGGCAACAACCGCCCUGGCUACUACCCCUAUUUCGUCUCGAUCUGACCCACAGUGUCAAAACUACUGCAAUGUUUCGGACACCAGCGUGCACAUGAACCUUCAGAGGUACUGCCAGCAGGAUUAUGUUCUGCAUGCACAGGUCACCGAGUCCUCCCAGGCUGCAGCGUCUGAGGCGGUGGGUGAGUGGUGGCGGCUGACGGUGUCCGUGCUGGCGGUGUACAAGCAGCGCGCUCGGCCCGUGCGCCGCGGGGGCCAGGAGGCCUGGGUGCCCCGCGCGGACCUGUCCUGCGGCUGCCUGCGCCUGCGCCCCGGGGCCGACUACCUGCUGCUGGGCGGGGCGGCGGACGGCGGCGACCCUGCGCGGCUCGUGCUGGACCGCCGCGGCCUCGCGCUGCCCUGGAGGCCGCACUGGGCCCGGCCGCUGCGGCGGUUACAGCAGAAGGAGCGCGGGGGCGCCUGCCGCCGCCUGCUGCCUCCCGCUCCGAGCCCGGGGCCCAGCGGCCAAACCGAGCCUGGGCGCGAGGUGUGAGUCAGCAGAGCCUUCGACCUCCACGCGCUCCGCUGCCGGGCCAAUCAGAAGCCGCGGAGCUCGUGACACCAUUCCGCACGCACGUGCUUCUGCCAGGAAUGUGCGCCGGAGCGACUUCUAGCAAAAGGCGGAAAGCCGCAAGCGGGCCUUUGGGGCCCGGAGUUAUGCCGUCCCUUGGCCAGUGGGCCUAAAGGUUAUUUGUCACAAUAAAGCCUCAUGUCCUGUGGAA